GACAAUGACAACUUGCCAAAUCAAAUCAACGCGACGCGAAGCAACGCUACGAAAAUAAUAAUUCUCGUGAUUUGUAAUAGUGAUAAAAGUACUAGUGUAAUCCUUGUUUGCUUGUUUCAAACUAAUUCAAAAUGGUGAAACUAACAACAGAGUUGAUACAAAACUCUAUGCAGUACAUGAAUCCAUGUCGAGAUCGAGAGUUAGAUCUUAGAGGUUACAAAAUACCGCAAAUUGAAAAUAUGGGUGCGACGCUAGAUCAGUUUGACACCAUUGACUUCUCAGACAAUGAUAUCAGGAAACUCGAUGGAUUUCCAUUAUUGAAAAGGAUAAAAUGCCUGUUGUUGAAUAACAACAGAAUUGUGAGGAUUGGUGAAAAUUUAGAGCAAUACAUACCUAACUUAGAAAGCCUAAUAUUGACCAACAACAAUAUUACAGAAUUAGGUGAUUUGGACCCUCUAACCACACUGCCCAAACUGAGGACACUGUCAUUAAUGCACAAUCCAGUAUCAAACAAACAGCAUUACAGAGCAUAUGUGGCAUUUAAGUUCCCAGAGCUCAGAUUGUUAGAUUUUAGAAAAAUUAAACAAAAAGAGAGAGAUGAAGCUAAUGCUUUGUUCAAAAGUAAAAAAGGAAAAGAGAUGCAGAAGGAAAUUACAAGGAAAGCCAAGACAUUUGUGCCUGGAGGCAAUAUGCCUGAUCCUAAAGUUACAAAUCUUACCCCACAAGAAAUCCAUAAGAUUCGUGAAGCCAUUAAGAAUGCCUCUUCUCUACAAGAGGUGGAAAGGUUGACAAGAAUGCUGCAAUCUGGCCAGAUACCUGGACAGAAACCACUACAACCUCAAACUCAGGGCAAUGGCCAACAAGAUGAAGAAGAGGAGAUGGAGACUGAUCAACAAAACGGCCAGUAAGAAGGUUACCUAAAGAUUUAAUUUUGGCUGUAAAGAACAGAUAUUACAGCUCUGUAUUAAAAUUUCUUAUUUCUUUAAUCAUAGAAGUGUGAUUAUGUUUACGUUAAGCUGAUAAGAACAGUGUUCAUUCUAUACACUACCUUUUAAUUAUAUUUAGCUAUUAAGAUGGAUACUACACAAAAACCAGGGUUAUUAUGCGAAAGAACAGAUACUAUUUUACUCACAAUCAAACCAGGCUAAGUUUGAUUUGAAGGUUCAAGGUACAAAAUGUCGAGAUGUCCUUUUUUUUCGAUGUUACCUGAAAAGAACUCCAUACUACAACUGUUUUUUUUUUAUUUCAAAUAAAACAAAGAUUCCAUAUUUA